AUGUUAAUAGAGGAGAUAGAAUUCUAUAAUAUCAACGGGAACAAGACAACCACUGUCGUUCCUAAAAAUAAAAAAUUACGUAGAAGAGUCUUGGAUGAUAGAAGGACAUUAUACGUCGGAAAUAUCCCAAACAACUGCCAUAAACAAGACUUGAGAGAUCUACUUGAACCAGGUUUUGGCAAGAUAACCAUAAACAUGUUAAAGAAAAGGCAACUGAAAAAGUCACUAAAAAGGUUUGCGUUUAUAGAGUUCCAAGAAGACGUAGAUUUGAAAAUGGUGAAAGAAAAGAUGAAUGGUAAAAUUUUCAUGAAUGAGAGGAUUGUCAUUGAGAACAUUUUAACCAAAGAGGAGAAAAAAAAUGAAAUGGUUCAGAAAACAAAAAACGCUACACCUGAUCUCAAGCCACUUUCAACGGAUACCCUUUAUGUAAAAAAUAUUCCCAUGAAAUGUUCAAAUGAAGAACUUGCCAAAAUCUUCGGUGUGGUUCCUAAAAACGUCAACUUCGUAAGAAGGCAAUUAGUGGAUUUGAGAACAAAUAAAGUUUUCUUUUCUGACGAAUUCCACACAGGCGAAGCCUUUAUUAAGUUUGACAACCUGCGGGUUGGAGAUAAUAUUCAAAAGAAGUGUAGAGAGUUUAAAGGUUGUAAGGCAAGAAAUGGUAGAGUAUUAUUGGUCAAGGUAGCCUCUGUAAAGAAAAAUUUACAAAAUCGACAAGAAGAAGACAAAGCAAAAAUAAAGCAGAACUAA